GCCAGGCGAGGCGGGGCGGGGCGGCCGGGCCGGUGGCGGGGCGCGGGCCGGGCGGGCCGCCAUGGGCAACCUGUUUGGCCGCAAGAAGCAGAGCCGGGUCACGGAGCAGGACAAGGCCAUCCUGCAACUGAAGCAGCAGCGGGACCGGCUAAAGCAGUACCAGAAGAGGAUCACCCAGCAGCUGGAGCGGGAGCGGGAGGUCGCCCGGCAGCUCCUGCGCGACGGCAGGAAGGAGCGGGCCAAGCUGCUGCUCAAGAAGAAGCGGUACCGGGAGCAGCUCCUGGACAAGACGGAAAACCAGAUCACCAGCCUGGAGACCAUGGUCCAGAGUAUUGAGUUCACCCAGAUUGAAAUGAAGGUGCUCGAGGGUUUGCAGGUCGGAAAUGAGUGUCUGAAUAAGAUGCACCAGGUGAUGUCCAUAGAAGAGGUGGAGCGGAUACUGGACGAGACCCAGGAGGCCGUGGAGUACCAGCGGCAAAUAGAUGAGCUGUUGGCAGGAAGCUUCACGCAGGAGGACGAAGAUGCCAUCCUGGAGGAGCUGGAUGCAAUCACUCAGGAACAGAUCGAGCUGCCAGAGGUUCCUUCGGAGCCUCUUCCCGAAAAGAAGCCAGAGAAAGUCCCCGUCAAGGCUGGGCCCAGGCAGGCGGAACUUGUGGCAGCCUCAUAACACGGCCUCCUCACAUGGGACUCGCAGGGACUGCCAAGGACUGGGGCCCAGAGAUUGGGUGCAUGGCCGGCCCUGACUGGGCUCCCAGGAGGCCGGCGCCAGGCCGGCCGGCCGGGUGCUGACGGAGCCGUUCGCACACAGGCGCCCUCUCAGGACGCCCACGGGGCGUUUCUGGGCGCCGCUGUCCUGCUCUCGUUUCUGGAUUAAAUGGCAACGUUCAAACUCUGCAGCCA